ACAGUAUGCUUCUAAUGUUUAAAUGACCACCUAAAAGGCCCUUUGGUUUAGCCUUGGGGUCCCACACUGUUCGCGAAUGAUUGACAGUCUGAAACACCUCCCAUUUCCUAUUCUUUACGAUCCCUGGAUUUAGUUGCUUUCUGUUUACAUUCUGCGUCACAACGGGGCCGCGUGAAGCACCCGCUGCUAGGGUAGUCAUAGAUCUCCGGGGUCCAGCCAACCCAACAUGCACCCCAUGCGCAGGCGAAGGACCGGAUCCACCCGACGUCCCCGCGAAACCAUCGCUCCCCGGACUCGUCUCCCGCGAUCGCCCAUGGAUACGCCGCGCUCCACCCGCGCUGACACGGGAAACGUGCGCAUUCCGAUCCACCAUCCCCGACACAGCACCAGCGCAGUCUCCCAGCGUCCCAUCCACGCCAUCAUCAAAUGAAGCCGACAGACUAACCUUAACGAAAGGUGAAUUUAAAAAUGAUUGUGUAAUAGUGAAUUGUUGCAAUGGGAUCGUCUAUAAUAUUCCUGCUCCUCUAUGGAGGUCUGAUAGGUUUGGGGGGUGUAAAGUCUGCAGCGCAAAAUCAAACCUGUGGAACCGGUGCUGGAAUUACAUCAGGACAAUGCAUUCAUAUGUCAAACUCCACGCAAAACUUCUUGACGUGUGCUGGCGUGCCAUCAGAUCUUGAAGCAGAUCAUCUGUUGAAUCUAAAGGGACUGAUCAGUGCUGCUCUGGAUGUCUACACAUUCAUGCGCUCCAGCGUGUCCGGCGUUCCUGUGCUGGAUCUGUCCGGAGGUGUCGCUCUGGAUGAGGAUCACGUGAUCAAGGCGUGGCUGGACGUCAGACUCACUCCUCUGCUGUCAUCCAUCUCCAGAAACUUUCUUACGUGUCUCAGUAACAGAAACUUCAGCUGCAAUGCCUACCAGACUGUUGUGAGGGAGUUGAGUCAGCAUUUCUCUCAUCUGGAUCCAGUGAAACAGAAGUGGAUUUAUUCUUUUUUUAUGUACCCGUUUCUUUCGAGAAACACAUCCUCAGGUUGUGUUGAUCCAGAGGUCAGCAGUGAGGAUUGGCUCAUGAAGAACUUUGGCUCGUUCUCAGUCAUGGCUCAAGUGCGAGACUUCACGUCCAUCAAUAUGCUGUUCAGCGGGUUGGAGGUUUUGCACCUCUUGACUCAAGAGCAGAAGGCCGAGCUUCUCCUCUAUCCAGAGAUGGUGGGCUUGACUGACAGCUCUCUCAGUCUGGUCUUCCAGAGUUUACUUUCCUCUCUUCAGUCCUCCGAGAACCACCAGCCAUCAAAUAACGGCACAAUGUUUUACAUGAGUAACGGUCCGUCCGCCUCGAUGCAGGAUCCCCUCCAACAGGCAAGACGUGCACCGGCACCAGUCAAAAACAGAAUUUAGAAUUUUCAUAUCUGU